UAUAUGAAAUCAAAAUAAUCCAUAAUAGUUUGAAAAUGAAAAGAGAAGACGGAGCGAAAAUUGAAGAUUCCGGUUAUUCAUUAUUUUCACCCAAGUGCUGCAAUGAGCAUAAAAAUGCUACCACCAAGAAACGCCAUCUGGAAACUUCAGAGUGGAUAUUUGAAAAGGAACCUGUGGUGCUGCAAGACAAAAAUUUUGAUCCGUGGAAUCGAGCAAUGCCAUCAACACAACAAAAGAUAAAAUGCAUGGAAGAAAUUGAUCAAAAGUUGGAACAUGACACAAGGCAAGCUCUUAUUGAAGAGAUUAAACAGGUUGCAGCAGAAAAUAGCAGUGAUGGCAUACUGGAGAAAGAAUUCGAUGUAGAAUCUUCUUAUUCGGAGCCUUUGAGUGGAAGAAAUGAGGAAGAGGCUGAAAACUUGAAAAGCCUGAAGGAAAGCAUUAAAGAUGUCAGCCCAUAUUUGAUCCUUCUGAAUAGACUGGACGAAGAAGAAGGCGUUAGAACACCAUCUAUAGAAGAUAAGCUUAAACUCGCUGAAGACCGUUUGAGAGUAUCAACAACGAAAUUCUGCAAAGCCUGCGAAGAGUUAAUCGGUGACAAAGCAGAUGACUCCAAAGAUACAGAAGAAUAUGCGUUUCUAAAUCCAGAAAAAGUUCAAGAAGCGUUUCGACCAAAAGUGUUUGAUCCUAGCCUAAGACCACCUCAAGCAUUGCAUGUUUCAGAAGUCAGCAAGAAACCCAUACCUGGAAUUUCUGAAACAGCAGAGCAGAAAAAAGAGACUCGCAGGAAAGAAAUGAAGAUGAAAGAAACUUUUAAACAAGGAUUUUAUUUACCUUGCGACACUUGGUUUCACCGAGAAAAAGAGACACCACGAUUAAGCUCAGAGGAACUUGAUAUUCUAAAUUCUACAUCUACUAAAGCAUUCCUUAAAUUUUUGGAAGAACGGAAGAAAAGUCCACCAAAGGUUUUGCAAGAAAUACAAAAGAAACUACUAAGUAUGAAAGAAUUUGAAAAGUCAAGAUAAGAUUCCUGUGGUUGAUUUUUUUAAAGUUAUGCAACUGUAAUAUGAC